AUGUUGUUAUUACAUUUAGAUGAACUUCCAUCAAAAGAUGAUAUGAUUGAAUACUUAAAAGAAAUAUUCACAGAGAUAUCUUCGGGGUUUGUUUUCAUUAUCAAUGUCUGUUUCGUCUACACUGGUGGUAUUAUAUGGGAAUAUAUAUUAAAAUUUGUGUGGGAUUUCGUUUUCAUAGAUGUUGGACGUGAUAUAAUAUGGAGAUUUCUGGGAAAAUACAUUUGGUUAUAUUUUUUAAAGAAACUAUUGUUGGUUUUGAUAUUUUCUGUUCUGGUAUUUUUAUUGCAAAUUUGGUAUUUACUCAAAGAAGCUGCUGCUAAUCUUUUAAAACUGUUCGACUUUAUUUGGAAAUUUAUUAAAAAGUCAAUCUUCAAAGCUGAAAAUUUAACAAAACUAAUGGUAUUCAUAUAUCAUUUUAACUUUUUUUUAUCAAAUUUAGGAAUUUUGGGGUUCACAGGAGGUUUAAUAAUUUUACGUUUUGGUGUUAAAAAAGAUGAAAGAGAACUAGAGACAAAUUACUCAAAGAGCUUUGAUUUAAGAUGCUCCAAAUACAAAGAAGCCGUUGUGCUUAAACUGAACAGCUUAUAUAACACCAAUGAAACCAUGGAUCUGACACUGCUCUGGAAAAGUUCACAAGAUUUUAACAAUCUUACAAAACAUGAAGAAAACAUGUGUUUCAACCCAACAAUUAGAAAAAAACCAAAUGAAAGUGAAGAAGUUGUGAAAAUGAACUUUACCAAACUCCCUGAAUUCAGCUUCAAUCUAAAAACAGUUCAUGGAAAAGUACAAACUUUGGAAGGCUUUAUGUGGGCAGGUUUUUUGUACUCAUCAUUUAUUGCAAUAACUUGUUGGUCUUUUUUAUUAGCUGCUAAGGAUGAUAGAGGGUAUUCAGAACGGAGAUUUUCAGCCCAAAUAAUUGCAAUGAUAAUUGGAGCAGCUCUGAUCUUUUAUUGGAUGCUCAAUUAA